AUGUAUGGAAACGACGUUAUUCAGCAGUUGACAAAGGGAAGAAACUCAUCUCUAUACGUCUCCAUCACAUUAAGAAAUGGCACAACUCUGUAUGAACUCUAUCAACAGUUUGCUAUUAGUGAUGAAUCAGGCAAAUACAAACUUUUCCUUGGCGGGCCAGCUACCGGGACAUUAGGAGACGCUAUGUUAGACACUGGGAAGUCUACGAGAGAUCUGUCUGGAAUGUUCUUCUCCACUCCAGACAGGGAUAAUGACGGAGCUAUGGGUCCGAACUGUGCCGCAGCUAAUGAAGGAGGCUGGUGGUUUAACUACUGCCACCUCGCCUACCUUAACGGUCCCUGGCCCCCGGCAAUGUGGGCCGCUCCAUGGAAACCUAUAGUAGAGGACGGAUCCUCAGUAAGGGAGACCAUGAUGUUAAUUAAACUUCACUAGAUGCAGAUUAUACAGGAGGAAAGAAAUUGAUAUAAUAAUGCAAAAGAAUUACGUCCUCAAUAAUACAACGAUGCAUAGUUUAAUAGUACAAUUAUACAAUUUUUAUGUGUGAUUAAAAAAGCUUACUUCUAUGAAAUAUAGAUUUUAUUUUGAUAAUCAUUUUACAUAGUACACUAAGAUGAUUUUGCUCAUAGAGUGUUAUUAACUUUUCUUACAAAAAGUAUAUUAUGGUAUUAGUAGUUUCGUCAUUUUGUCAAUAAAUGACCUUUUUUCAUUUAAAAUUUCAAUUAUCUUUUUCCUGUAUAUCAAUCGAAGUAAAUAGUUCUGCUUGGAUCGGUUGACAAAAACAUAUCUGUGUUUUACUUCUAUUCUAGUUUAAAUUUCU